CCCUCCGAUGUUUAAUGGAGAUUACAUUGAUACUCCCAACUGUCUUCCUCCUUUUGAUGUUGGCAAACAAUGCCGAGUUGAGUGUGGCCUGGCGCUCCCACUGAGAGGGAGGAAAUACAUCAACUGCAGCAUGGACACAGGAAGUAAUCCUGUUACUACAUUCUGGGACUGGGGGCAGAAGGAAUCUCCACCUUUGAUAAAACCAUAUUGCCAAGUGGAUAUGUGUAUGAACCUUACGGCGCCAAAGAACGGCGCUAUUUCCUGUGGGUUCUGGACUGGACAGCGGCUCUGUAACGUACACUGUAACGACAAGUACGACAUUCCAGACCGAACCGAUUAUGAAUUCAAGUGUUAUGGUGACGCUCAAAAUGAUCCAACGUGGCAUCCAGGUGUCCACCGUCUACCGCAGGAAUGUACAUUGUUUGUUAAGACGCCAUUCAACAAAAGACGUUUACCAGUAUACCUAAUGUAUGAUGGACCUUGCAACAGUGCCAUUGGCGACAUUAAACAGGGAUUCAUUGACAAAGCCAAGCGUGUUACAAGUCGUAUAUGUUCUGGGACAGCGGCACCGCACUGUAACGUCAACAACGUGCAGGUUUAUUGUGGAGGAACAAGGAAAAGACGGUCACUUCCAGCAGGAGUACGGCGUUCUCGACGAUCAACAACAAACUACAUCGUCUUUGACAUCGACGUUGAAGUAGAGGCCUCACCAGGCCUAUCGAAUGAUGAACAAGUCAGCAAAGUUAGAGGCACUCUCGAUAACGUCUUCCAAGACUUGAACAAAAACUGUGAGUUUCAGGUAAACGGAAAAAUGAUUUCCCCAUCAGGACUUACCAAGCUGCCAGAAAAAGAACUCUGUCAGAAUGGAUACGUGAAAAGCAAAUACUCUGGAUCAAACUGUGUUCCAUGUCCAAAAGGAAUGUAUUAUCGCGAGGAAAAUUGUGAGUUGUGUCCCCUUGGUCACUAUCAGGACAUCACAGGGUCAACUGAGUGCAAGAAGUGUCCGGCAGGUUAUACCACUCUCCAGCAGGGCAGCUUCAACGCAAGUCAGUGUAAAGAAAUGUGCAAGCCGGGCAAUCUGUCUGCAAAUGGUUUGACUCCAUGUUCACCUUGUCGCCGAGGGCGUUAUCAACCUGAACAAGGACAGGAGUCAUGUAUACAAUGUCCCACUGGAUUCACCACAGAGAAAGUGGCCUCCUCAUCUAAAUCACAAUGUGUUUCCUACGAUGUCAGUAUGGAGGGCCCUGUGAAUGUCAGCAUGUCAUCAGGUUGUCAAUCUGAAGUUGGAGAGUUCACCUUUAGUAUGUGGGUCAAGGUCGAUUCAAAGGGCAAUCGUAUCAAAUUUGAGAUGUUCCUGGAAGACUCUGUUUCCUUCUCCGUGUCAUUAUCGUCUGACAUUGAAGUAUCAGCCGUAAGUAACAACAUCAUCAAGAAAAAUGUUCUGUCAACCUCUUGGGUACAUGUGGCCUUCACUUGGACCACAAAUAAUAUAACAAUCUUCAGAGGCGGUGAUCAGAUUCAUCAUCAACAAUUUUCCUCCUCCGUUUCUACAAUUCCGCCCAGAACAAGGAUGAGAAUAACAGUCGAAGACAAAGUCACUGUUCAACUCAAGAGUUUGGCGUUGGUGUCGUCAGUUGAUGCCACCACUAUUGCACCCCUAGCAGGAUCGUGCGAGGCAAUGUUGCCAAACACUAUAUUUUCGGUGGAAAACCUCAACAUGACUUAUCUCGACCGAGUUCUGGAGGUCGUUCCAUCUUCAUGCCAAGAAAUUGACCCAUGUGAGGGGUUCUGUGGCUUAUUUGGGAGGUGCUCUUUGAACGCAACCAUGGAGCCACAGUGUGAGUGCAGUGGAGGGUACACAGACCCUCGGUGUCUGACCCCGCCAGACAAGUGUGAAGACAACGACUGUGCUCAGGGCUCAACAUGUCUGGCAGGACCGGGGGGAGGGGCCGAGUACACUUGUGCUUGUCCUCCUGGAUUUACUGGAAAGCUGUGUGAAGAUGAACAGCCUGAUGGUGAGUGGGGCAUGUGGGAUGAUUGGGGGGCGUGUUCCGUGACGUGUGGGCGUGGCCAUAAAACAAGACAUCGCUCCUGCGACAGCCUAAAAGACGGCAGCAAACCUUGUGUGGGCAGCUACAUAAACACUGCGAUUUGUAACGCCGAACCUUGUCGAGUCUGCCACGAAGAGUUUCUUCUAUAUAGCCGGGAUAUCACCGAUGUGAAGUGUACAAAAGACAGGGAUGGCGUAUUGAGAUGUCACAGUAAAUGCCGUCUUGGUCUGGUACCGUUCCACCCUGACAUGAAAUAUACUUGCAAAGGAAGAGAGUGGACGCCAGGACGGGUCAUACAGUCAUGUGCAGAACCUGCAUCUCCUGCCACAGUCCAGUUGAAAUAUAAUGUAGUUCACCGACAAAGGGUAGCCUCCCUGGAAGAAUCACUCUCUGGAAUCGCACAGAGUUUUGCAUGUGUGAAAGAUGGGGUUUGUAAAUGGUCUGUUACCGUCAUGGACUGUGAUGAUGACAUUACAAUGUGUACAGAUAAUUCUGGUGUGCAGCUGGGUAUUCUGGCUCUCGACAUUGACAUUGUUCCCGGUGCCGUUGAUGUCUCUCCGAUGCAGACUAAUCCAGAAUUUGCAUCCGUCAGUGAAACUCUGCUGUCUUCCAACGGUGGAUUUACGCACGAAAGUAAUGAAAGUCACCCUCCAGCCCACCGAGACAUUGAAAUAUCAAUUCGUCAUGGUCAUAUGAUGGUGCAACCUUACGGACACAAGAAGAGCGGGAUAGAAGUUACUGGGGGACUGGAGUCAAUCGCUGCCGCUUGGGAUACCCUGGAUAAAGCCAACUGGGAAGUAAGGUCCGGGGGUUACACGAAUUUCACAGCCGGAGACAAGGAACCCUUUCUGAUGGUCGAACAAAAUGUCACGUGUGCUGCCGGCCGUGUUCCUGGGGGAAUAUUCUGCUUGAAGUGUCCCCUUGGUACUUUCUACUCUGAUGGCAUGUGCGAGGCAUGUCCCCUUGGCUUCUACCAAGAACACUCCGGACAGUUGGACUGUACGCCCUGCCCGGGGUUUGCUACAACACCCGACACAGGGAUUCCAUACCACACCAUGUGUCUCGCCCCUGAAUCUCCCGACCAGUACCUGCUGGUGGCCAACGGUCAAAAUACACUGACCAAGACCCACCUGACAUUCCGAAAUGAGAGUAUUAUUAAACUCCCCGACAUCACCGGUAGUGUAACGCAUCACGUAUACAGCGCCACUGACAACUUCAUCUACUACAGCACGCAAUCUCCAGCCUCCAUUAGAAGAAUCCGAUGGGAUGGAAAUUGGAAGCUUACGAUCAUCAAGCUGAAAGGUGAGGAAGUUACAGGAUUGGCUGUGGACGAGAGGUCAGGGCUUGUAUUUUAUACCCUGCGCACUGGUUCCCUCAGGGCCGUGACCUCUGACCGUUACAUCAAAAACGACAUGGUGAUACUCGAUGGACUCAAUAAUCCCCGUGAUCUUGUCCUACAUCAGGAAAAAUUCGUGAUGUACUGGUCAGAGGGGCAGACGAUCCAGCAAUACGGUUAUGGCAACGACUCGAGAACUUUACUGAAGAACACUGGACAAGACGUUCUUGGUCUUAGGCUCCAACCAGACGUUGACAGACUGAUGUGGUACAGCAACGGACAACUCAAGAGCUGCGACACCGACGGCAAUGACGUCACAAAUCUAGUAAACAAUGCAAGUCCACUCUUCGGUAUCGUGAACGACUACUACUUCUAUGCCAAUGGAACUGGACUGUACAGAGUCAAUGCUGACGGUGUUACACGCGCGCAAGUGAUGUCGUUGACGUCACCUCCAACCAGCGUCUCGGUCAUCUCCACCAACCAACAGGAUUGGGGACCUCUGAAAUGUCAUGGCGAUGUUCCUAUUGGUCAGAUGUGUUGGCAGAUCGAUCGUUUCGAGACCAAACGUUUGGCAACUGACGCGAACCGUCGCGACAUAAUGUAAUUAUUAACAUGUACAGAAACGCAUUCCGUGGAAAUUGAUUAUUUUAUGUUUUGCGAAAAGGUCCUUCAUAUCCAUUGACAUUCAAUAUAUUUAACUUGAAAACUUGAAUGGAACAUACACAUGCUUAAAUCAAAUGAAUGGUAGCUGAAAAGGCAGCUACAAACAAAUUGUUAACCUUUUCAAUUUUAAAUUGGAUUCCUUAUUAUGUUAUAUUUUCUUUGAAUGUAUUAGUUUGUGUUUGUUUGCUUAAUUAAUGUAAGAGUUGUUUUUCAUUUUAUUGGUGUUGAUUGAUUUGUUUGUUUACGUUUACUUCUCAUAACAUAUAUAACCAUUUGUAAUUAUUUUGGGUCUUUCGGAACAUUAGCCGAAUAUGUAUUUGCUUUUGCAAUGGAACAACUAUAAAAGUGGUCACCGACCUAUGUUAUUUAGAUUGGCUGCCUUGAACGUCGAAGGCUUCAGUGUCGACAUUUUGAUAUGGUGUUUAAUGAUUUGGAACGGGGCUUAGAUGUAUGUCUGUGGUUAGUAUUAAUUCAAAAUAUUCUUCACAUUUGUGGUAUAUCAUUAUAGUUACUUUAUAUUUAAUGUACAUGUAUAUUUCAUAUGUUUCUGUGACUAGAUAAAACGCUUGUUUCAACUUUCAA